UACUUGUUCCUGUCCUUCAUUUACUGAGAAAGCCAGGGGCAAAGUCAGAUCCAGGCUCAGCUAUGAACGAACAGAGAUGGGCAGGGCUUGAAAACAUAGAGUAUCCAUCUUUUAGGGAGAGAAUUAGAGGACUCCCUGACAAAAGGAGCAUGGUCCUUCGGCUGAUCAAAGAUCACUUAUCAAUGACCAAGGAUAAUCCUUACUUGUUGAAAAGUUGGCUUUCCAUUGUGGCAUUUGAGGAUGUCCCUGAGUUUGUCCAGUUGACAGGAAUUGAUCCUGAACUCCUGAUCCAGAUCCUGAUGUAUAGAAUGAAGGAGGCUGAACAAAACACUAAUUCCAACCGUACAGACAAAAACCUUGAGGCAGCUGAAAAGGUUCUUAACCUCUUGUUGAAGAGGAUUGAGGAGGACAGAGAACGAAUCACAGAGUCCAAGUCAUCUGGCUUAAUCCUUCGGUGUUACAGAAAUGUUCACAAGAGCGUUUGCAAAAUCGCUCGACUUGUCCCACAAUACAGAGUCCCAGUGCUCUCGUCACAACUCCUGCUUAAAAUGGCUGAAAUUCAUCAUGAUCAUUUUUCAAAGGCUGGAGAGGAAAUGAAACAAAAGCAAAAUCAGCUUUUGUCCAUGCUUAAUGACAUUCAAAUGGAUUUCAGUAAAUGGAGAGAUGGGCUGCUACACAAUCCUCUGAUGCAGGAGUUCAGAUUUUCUUACCCUAGAGAAAUACAGUUGUGGAAUGAAUUGUAUGGGAUUGAGUGUUCAGUACCAGGCGUCUCUGAAAGCUGGAAGGGUUCAUUAGACCGAGACCUGAGAAAGAGACUGUCCCAUAUGUCUAACACUGACAAGAUUGUUGUAUGCUGUCUGGUGAUGUCAGCAAAGACUAUCGAGAAUAGUCAUGCAAACCUUCAGUCUUGUUUCGAAGAGAUGUGUCAGGUUGCUGUUAAGAACCAGUGUCAGGCAAAUAAGGAAGGAGACCUUUUACACCAUAUUUUUACCAAGUCCAUUUCAUGGCCUGUUGUGUCCUCCAUUAUUGUGGAGUCAGCAGCUCGCUUUGGAGAGGAUCAUGAAGGUCGUCUACUGGACCCACAGUCAGCAAUCAACUUCCUCUUGUCUCAAGACAAAUGGAAUCAGUGGAAGUUGGAAGAUGAUGCUAGUCGUUUAAUAUCAGCUAGUCAAUCAUUCUUAGGUUCUCUAAUUCAGACCCUUUGCCAGGGAAGUAUACCCCUGGGCCACCUUAAGACCAUCUUUAAGUCUAAAAGUCCAUUUCAGAAGCUUUACAACCAGUACAAGAAGAACAACAAAGAAGAGAAUAUCUCAAUCAAUGUGUCAGAGCUACUCAGUCAAAGAGAAGAUGACUUGAAAGCCUUUGAACAACAGAAGGAGUACAUGACCAACCUUAUUAAUAUGCUGGGGAAGAUUACUGAUGUCAUAGAUGUGCCAGAGAUUUCUUCCCUUGAAGACAUGGUCAAAACCAACCUGCAGACUGUAACUCUGGAUAAACUGGUGGAAGUGCAGACAUAUUUCUCCAAAGAAGAUCUUGACAAAAACAACACAAGGCGAGUGCUAUUCUACAAUGUUGAUCUGCUAGUCCUAGACAUGGCACGGGAGAUGCAUGAAGUGAAGACCAGCAACAUUAUGCUAUCUUUAUGGCAAGAAAAGGCAACCAAAUAUUUUAUGCCUGGUCCUCUAGACCUUACAGAAGUCCAUGACAGAAUCUGGAAUCAUUGUCUCACUGACUUCCUCGAACUUGGUCGACGGAUUGCAGUUGGAGAAACUUGUUUUAAAGAGGUGGACCAAGCUUUGAAAUGGUGUGGGGACAGGGGUGAAGGAAAUUGUUUAAAGAAAGAGCUCAUUUUGUUGGCCACUAUGCUGAAAAGCCAUACGUCUCUGGAAGAGAAGUGGCCAGAGCAUCGUCUCAGUCAGAUUCAGGAAUACAAACGCCUUUACCAUGCUGCGGAAUCUGCUGAGGUCAUACUGAAAAUAAAAGAUAGUUUGGGAUUACAAGGAGACUUCAGCCAUAUUCAUAGCCUGAUUCAAGUGAGAGAUGACUCAUUCAAAGAAAACACUCUGGGUUCACUGAGUGAUGACCUCAUCAGAUCCAGACAAAAACUGGCAGAUGUCAAACGCCAGCACACAGCCUGUCUGAGGGCAUUCUUGGAUAGUGAGACUCUGAUCAAAUGGGUCAAAACGCAAAUUCCAAGUUUAAGGGACCUGAAAGUCUUUAUGGAACUGGCCACAAUUUCUGCUGGAGAGAAUGAUGCAGAUAUUGAUAGGCUAGCCAGUUUCGAGACUGUUGUGAUGGGCUACGGCCCUUUGCUUUACUCACUACAAGAAAAUGCAGGAUUUGAAGAGUUUAUUAAAUGUGCUAAGCAAGUAUGGGACACCCUUGACAAAGAUGAGAAACUCCUGGAUAAAUUGGUAGACUCCAGUCGGUGGUUGGAUUGGCUGAAAGGUUUAAGGGAGACUCAUGGCUCUGUUGAGCAAUCGUCUUUGUCCAUGGCCUCAGCUAUCAACACUGGAGGCGUGUAUCAUGUGGGUUGGCCUAAAGAUUUCAAUGGGAAAACAGGUUUGGACAAUGUCUUUUAUGUGAAGGUGACAAAGAACGAACAAGCAAAGACAUACAAUCUUAAUGAACUCUCAGAGCUGCAGAAUAAGCUCAUGCUUAUGUCUUCUAAAGGGGAGCAUGGAAGAGAGCAAGUCAACAAGUUUACUCAAGUUUUUGAAGGAGUCCAGAGGAUGGGCCGCAUCCUCCUUCAAUUGCGCACAUCGGGUAACAUGCUCUUUCGAAACUGGGGGGCACAGAUAACAUGCAACCACCAAGAUCAACCCUGCAUUCAAGUUAGCUUUACCCUGUUGAGCAAGUGUGUUGUAUAUCAUGGCGAAGUUGAAGUGGAGCUUCAGAAACUGUGUCGCUCUCUGGAGAACUUUCAUAAAGACUGGUGUAACCACUUAACUAAGAUACGCUCUCAGUACUACACACUGAAUCAUUACACUUCAGAACAAGUGGUCUUUCUUUGUGAAUGGAUCAACAGUGUUAGCAUCAAAAGGAAACCUGUGCCACAACAAAUGUGGCAUCUUUUGACUCCUAUUAAACCACACUGUACCUUAAAUGACAUCAGAGAGGCCUUUGAAAAAGCAACAGAGACAGAAUCUAUGGUGCAAGAUGACAUAGCAGAGGAAUCAGAACAAAACAGUUAUUUUGACCUGCCUUUGAGCUUACGUUUACUAGAUGUUGGUACUGAAUGCUUAGAGGACCUGUGGCAGCAAUUUAAAGAGAACAUGUCCAGGUUCCUUACCCACCAUGUGGAUGUCAAAACACUUGGACGAUUCCUCUCCAAUCUGUCUGCCAUGAAUCAAAUGCACAUCAAACGCAAGAUUCCUCCUAUUCUACAAGAGGGAAGGCCAAACCUUGUCCAGUGCCCUGUUGUGGAAUUGAUUAGCACAACUCUGUCUUUUUACACAGAGAGUCCACAGCAUCCUCUUCCAACAACUGAUGAGGUAUUAAUGUGCCAGGAGGAGACAACUGACGAGGAGGUGGAGAUCUUCCUGCGCCGAUGUCUAGGAUUCCAAGGCACUGCAAGCAAUCAUCAGAAGAUUUACACUCUGGUCAAUCCAGGUUCACUGACUUAUGAUGUGAGUGUGGCACUGGUGGAAUGCUUUGAGAUGCUAGAAAGGAGUGCUGGGCCUCAUUACCGUCUAGUGAUGGUCUGUCCUGUAAACCAGGAUAGAUAUGUCCCUUCCUUCUUCAGCAACUAUAAAGUACAAACAGGUCUAAGUAUAUCUGCAGAAAGAAUUAAAGACUAUCUUGGCCAUCACUUCUGUAUCCCAUCUGAGCUUGCUCCCCACUCAAAAGUCUAUCCAAGGGAACUCUCUGUCUGGAUGAUUUCAUCUGAACGUCCAGCUGUUGGAAAGUCACUAUAUGUCAAGCGUCUAUUUGAGCAGUUCAAAAGAGAGUUUCCAAGAGCCACCUGUCUAACAAUCAGACUCACUGAGCCCUGCAUUGACAUGGAUGGAUUUGUCCAAACCCUGUCUGAAAGACUGGCUCCACUGAGAGAGCAGGACCCUGUGCUGUUGCACAUUGAUACUGCAGCAUUGUGUCAUGGCUUGGAGGAAUUCCUAUUCAAAUUACUCAUUCUAGGAUGUCUUAGUGACAGCAAAGGAACUAUAUGGAGGAGAAAUGCAGCUCACUUGGUGGCAAUUGAAGCAUUUCAGCAAGUUCAAAAGAGUCAAACCCAGAUGGAGAUAACACAUGGGUUUUUGCAUACACUACCUACUAUCUUCUGCAGACCUCCUAAAGAUGUCAACGCUUUGGAGAUCAGGAGAAAAAAAGAGGGUUACACAUCCUUAGAUCCAUUGAUGGAUAAUGAAGAGUUUAAAAGUGAGGCCAUUCAGAGACCCUACCAAUACUUGAAGAGAUUCAACAGGAAUGUGAACUUGGAUCGUUUCAAAUAUCAAGCUCAAUCUGUAGAAGGUGAUCCAGUUGACUGUCUCCAUCAUCUUUUAUCAAACUAUGGAUUGAAGGACCCAUCAUGGGCAGAAAUAAAGCACUUUACCUGGUUCCUUAACCUGCAGCUUAAGGACUGUGAGAAUUCCUUGUUCUGUGAUCCAGACUUCCUUGCUGACAAUUUAAGUGGCUUCAAGGACUUCAUAGUAAAAUUCAUGAUUCACAUGGCUCAAGACUUUGCCUCUCCUUCCAUUGACAUCUCUGAUGAGAGCCCCUUCUUUUUCUCUGAGAACGAAAAUGAGGAAGAUAUCCUAGCCAAACUAUCUAUUCGAAAACAAUGGGAAAAUGAACCUCACAUAUACAUCUUUUUCAAUGCAGACCAUUUCACCAUGUCUUUCUUAGGAUUCCAUGUGCAGAAAAAUGGGACAAUUCUUAAUGCAGUUGAUCCAAGAAGUGGCAAAGUGUUAAUGAGAAAUGUGAUGACACAAGAUCUGUUUUCAGACAUUGAGCGACAAAGAAUUAACCUUUCUGAGAAUUUUGAUGACCUGUCCAGAGAAGACAAGAUACGAAAAAUUUCCUUUGUUGUUGGUGCCAAAAAAGGCUGGGAAAAAGGAAAAUUUGAUCCAGACCCUACGUAUGAACUCACUACUGACAAUGCCAUGAAGAUGUUGGCUAUUCAUAUGAGAUUCAGAUGUGAGAUUCCAGUGAUCAUCAUGGGAGAAACUGGCUGUGGGAAGACACGGCUUAUACGCUUUCUCUGUGAUCUGCAACGUGAAGACAGAGAUGUUGAAAACAUGAAACUCUUCAAAGUUCAUGGAGGUACUACUUCUGAGGUAAUCUAUAGGAAGGUGCAGGAAGCAGAAGAACUUGCUCAGAACAACCGUCAAAAAUAUGAACUUGACACAGUUUUGUUUUUUGAUGAAGCCAACACAACUGAAGCAAUAUUUGCCAUCAAGGAAGUGCUAUGUGACAAAACUGUACAAGGGUACCCUUUGAAGAAAAAUUGUGGUCUGAAAAUAAUUGCUGCCUGCAAUCCAUACAGAAGACACACACCCAAAAUGAUUGACCGCUUGGAGCGUGCUGGGCUAGGAUACAGAGUGAAAGCUGAAGAAACAGAGGAUCGCCUUGGUAAAGUUCCCAUGAGACAGCUUGUGUACCGUGUGCACCCUCUACCCCCAAGCAUGGUGCCCCUGGUAUGGGAUUUUGGACAAUUAAGCGAUUCAACAGAACUCUCUUAUAUCCGUCAAAUUGUGCAAAAACAAAUGAGAGAUCAUGAAUUGCCCCAUGCAUGCCAGAGUGUAAUCACAGAAGUUUUGGCUGCCUCUCAAAGAUACAUGCGUAGACAAGCAGAUGAAUGCAGCUUUGUAAGUCUUAGGGAUGUGGAGAGAUCAAUGUGUGUCCUAGUUUGGUUUUACAACCACAGAGAUGAUCUUUUUCCAAAAUGCCACUUGAUUGAAAUUGAGCUGAUGACCUUGAAGUGCCUGGUGCUUGCCAUGGGUGUUUGCUAUUACCCAUCACUUGAAAACAAAGGGGCAUACUUAACGGAUAUGAGCAAAUGCUUUCCUUUUCCGUUCAACUCCAAAGAGUCACUGGAGCAGGAGAUAACUUCAUGCCAAGACUUUUUUCUUGAGAAAAUCCAAACAAGAGAUACAAUUGCCAAAAAUCUGGCUUUGAAAGAAAAUGUCUUCCUCAUGGUGGUCUGCAUUGAGUUGAGAAUUCCACUCUUUCUGGUUGGCAAGCCAGGGAGCUCAAAAUCGCUUGCUAAGACUGUUAUAGCAGAUGCAAUGCAGCGCCAGGCCUCUCACUGCGACAUAUUCAAGAAAUUCAAGGAAGUUCACAUGGUGUCUUUUCAAUGCAGCCCUCACUCAAGCCCUGAAGGAAUCAUUGGAACCUUUCGGAACUGUGCCCGUUUCCAAAAGGACAAGAAUUUUGAUGAGUAUGUGUCAGUAGUUGUUCUGGAUGAAAUAGGACUUGCAGAGGACUCUCCUCAGAUGCCAUUGAAGACAUUGCAUCCCCUUCUAGAGGAUGGAUGCAUAGACAGUGAUAACCCACAGCCACAUAUGAAGGUUGGAUUUGUUGGAAUCUCAAACUGGGCUCUCGAUCCAGCAAAAAUGAACAGAGGUAUUUUUGUGUCCCGUUGGGACCCAAGUGAGAAGGACUUAGUAGAGACAGCCGAAGGAAUCUGCUCAUCCUCCCAUAACAUUCUUCUCAAAAUCAAGCACCUCCUGCCAAAGUUAGCAAAGGGCUACCUAGACAUCUGUAAAACGGACAGUGAACAGUUCUUUGGACUCCGAGAUUAUUACAGCUUGGUGAAAAUGAUGUUUGCAACAGUCAACAGUUCAGAUCAAGAGCCAUCUGACAGUGAAUUGGCAGAGGCUGUGUUGAGAAACUUCAGUGGACAAAGGGAUGAUUUUGAUCCUCUUGAUUACUUUCGGGAUAUCUUCCAGAGCUUUGAAGUCCAAAGGCCAAGUACACUGAAAAUGAUUGAACAAAAUCUUGACCGCCACAGUGACAAAGAGUGCCGGUACCUUCUUUUGCUCACAACUAACAAUGCUGCCUUGUACAUUAUCCAACACCAUAUUUUCUCCAAGGAGAACUAUACAUGCCCUGAAAUUGUCUUUGGAUCAGGAUUUCCCAGAGACCAGGAGUAUGCCCAGAUAUGUCGCAAUGUGAGUAGAAUAAAGGCAUGCAUGGAGACAGGUCGAACUGUCAUCCUAUUGAAUCUCCUCAAUUUGUAUGAGAGCCUGUAUGAUGCCUUGAAUCAAUACUAUGUCUGCUUCAGUGGACAGAAUUAUGUUGACUUGGGACUUGGUUCACAUAGAGUAAAGUGUCGAGUUCACAAAGACUUCAGACUGGUUGUGGUGGAGGACCAGGAAAAAGUCUACAAAAGGUUUCCUGUUCCACUUAAAAACAGACUGGAGAAACACAAAGUUGAUAGGAGUACAGAUUUGACUCCUUGGCAGCACAGAGUUUUGGAGAAACUCAAACAGUGGGCACAAGAGUUCUCAAAAGUUCAGCAAUCUGAAUCUACUGAAGCAAAUUUCAGCUUAUCAGAUGCCUUUGUUGGUUUCCAUGGGGAUGCUUGUGCCAGUGCACUUCUGCAGGCUUUAGAGAAAAUACAGAAAUGGGGCCAUGAUAAAGCUGCUCAAAAUGACGAACUCCAUUGCAUUCCCAAGUACGAGAAUGAGAUCAGUGAACAAAGUAAAGAGGGCUCUAAUAUUAAUGUGGCUAAGGACGUAUACAUGAAGAAAAAGGAGAGUGAGGCUCAUCACAUUGAUGAAGAUGAAGAUAUGACAGAGUCUCAAGAGGAAAUGAACAAAUUCCCUGAUGAGACACAAGGAGAGAGUACCUCAGUGGAAGUUGACAACGAGCUACAGAAUAACGAGCAACAGAAUGCAGAAAUUCAUGAAGACAUUGAGAACCUUGGAGAUACUUCUGAUCUUGUGAAAAUGGAUGAAGAGCCUGUUGACAUAGAGACAAGAGACUCAAACAAAACCAUGGACGAGGAAGAGGAAGUCUAUGAAACUGCCAAAAGCUUUCUCUUGAAUUGUGCAUCACCAGACUCGGUACUUAGGUUAAAGUAUUCGGAAUUUGGAAAUCAGGAGAGAGACAAACUUCAGAGAAUGUAUUUCCAUCAGCAAAGCCAUCAAUCUCUCAGAGACCUAUUAGACAACCAUCUGAACAAAAAUGAUCAGGACAAGAGCAGAUUCUUGGAGGUAACCACGUUCUCCAGUCUUCUCACUGAAGCUGAUGUGAGAAAUCUUGCCCCGGCCUUGGAUUUGUCCACUGAGCGGUUUCUUCUGCUCUCUUUACACCAAUUUGACACAGAAGCUUCUUUUUGCAACAAGAUACGGUCCUUCCUGAGGCAAUCUGGACUUUCUCUGUACAUUCUUUUGGUUCAGAUGGACAUGGAAGAGUCAUUGUGCAAAAAUGAACUUAUUGCUUCGGCAAAAUACUGCACCAUGAAUGAAAUCCUGUCCUUAAAGUCAGAUGAGUGCAACGUCUAUACUGUGUUUAUCACAAAGCUCUCCCGAAUUGGGGAACAAUGUAGAACAAGUGGCAACAAGUACAUUGGCUUUCAAGGAGGAGUUUGGCUAUCAGCACAUAUUGAUGACCUCAGAGAUUCCGGUGACAUGAGCUUAAAUCUUAAGGCUUUUUGUGGAAUACCUAUAAGUAAACUCAUCUCCCAGAAAGUCGAGUCAGAUUUCAAUGAAUCAGAGGAAAUGGAUACAAGUGGAGCAGAAAGUGAGAGGGGAGAUUUAGUGCAUCUACACAGUUUGUCUCUAUUGAGAUCCUGCACCCAGAAAGCUGUUUCAUUGCUGAGAGAUACAGGCAAAAAAACCUCCAGGAGUAUGGAGCGCAUGAACAUGUUGCUUGGCCUUCUGAGAGGUGACCCUGGGCGAAUAGGAGUACGGUUCCAGAAAGUGUUGCUAAGGAGGCUGGUGUUUGCACUGAUGCAGAAGGAGGAAAUAAUUCCUAAUGCAGAAGACUGGGUUUAUAAAGUGGCAAAGAACCGUGAAGCUCUGCAGGAAGGUGGAACACUUAGGCACACUUUGUGGCGCAACCUACGGGGUGUUUUGACCCCAGUGUUUGCCCGAGUUUUAGAAGUGUUGGACAGAGACCGCAACUUGUACCUACAGUAUGGAGAAGGGCUCAGUGAGGGUCUGGCCCAGUUCUGGCUGAAUAUCUUUGAAGAUCAACAGCUCCUUGACCUAAACCUUUCACAAAAUGCCAGCGCUCCAGAUCAGGAGAUUAAUGUGCAGUGUCACCUGUUUAUUGGAGAAGUAGAAUGGCCUUGUGCUGCCCCUUUUAGCUGGCUGAUAAAAACAUACUGCCAGAGUUUGUGGGAGGAAUCAGAAUUUGUGCGAGACUCUGAGCAAGGCAGCAAUGCGAGGAUUCAGCAGUUUGUUAGUGCUGUAUCAGGCAGUGGACUGGGCAGCUAUAUUCAGAAACUCUCAGAGGAAGAGAAAGUCGAGUUGGGUCAGCGCUACUUGACCGAUUAUGUCCUUCUGUCAUUCAAAAUCCACUCUGAGGAAGAGCAUGGGGUAUUUCGUAGUGCAGUGCGGGGUUGUGUGUUUGCUCUGCAGAUGGAGAUGUCAGUAACUCCUGAUCUCUCUCCAUCAUGGAUCCUUGCCGCAGCUCAGAUCUACAGCCCACGCCUUGACACAUUAGCCCAUGCCCUUCAGGUCAACCCACAACUGGUCUGCAUCAUCCAACGAGAAAGAUUAAAGAGAGAGAGCCCUGAUAUGUGUGAGGACAUUCUAGCUGUUGGUAUCUGUGUUGAAGAAACAAAGCUCCUACCAGUAUCAUCAAUAUCUGAAUGCCAGACCUUCUUGCAAAGAGUUGAGCAACUUCAGCCAUGUUUAGAGAGAGUGCUUAGUCCUGGCUACAGUGCCCUCUGCAGCCAUGGCUGUCUCAAACACCUGGACACUAUAAAGUCGGUGUGGCAGGGGAUGCUGCUAGUGGCUGCUUUCAUUGAAAAGGUGGUCAUCAAGAUGAAAGUCGGAGAUGAACAGAUUAAAGCACUGACUCUGAAACUCUGCAGUCAGUUACAUGGGCUAAUGGAACGGUCUACUGAUUUGAGGAGCAAAGACAAUCUUCAGCAAAUCAUCCGCAUACUCAAUGAUUAUCACGAGGAAUCCAUCAGCAGAGAACUGCGAUAUGGUGUGAAGUGCUUUGUCUGUCUAUCAGAUCUGUCAGAGCCCGCUGCGCUUCCUUGUGAGCAUGUGUUUUGUCUGUCCUGUCUGAGAAGAUCUACAGAGAGAGAAGGAGCGGACUUCUGUCCCAUAUGCAGAUCACCUCUGUCGAACAACUACCGUCCCACUGUCUCCACAGCCAUAGACUUAGCCCUGAAGCAGCAUAAAGAAAUAAGAAAAUGCUGUAAUGCCUUUUUUCUGGAGGUGGUUUCUCGUUUCUGUCUGACUGAUGAUCAAGAUCCAUCAGAGGACCUGGUGGAACUGCUUUUCUCUCUCCUUAUUUCAGCACAAGGAGAUGUUUAUAAGACCAGAGAGCUCACCCCAUUCCUGGAGUGUGUUGACCAGAGCCCUGUGGUGCGCUCUGUGCUGCCGAAACUUCUUCUGCAAUACAGCUUCAAACAGGUAAAGAAGCAUAUACAAAAGCACUUAGAAAACCUGGAGAACAAGCUUCUGGACCAAGAGGACAGAUCUGAACUCUACCGGCUCUUUGUUAACUGUUUCCAGGAUUCCCUGUUUUGUUCUGGAUUAAAUGGAGAUGAUAGACAUCUGAAGGAGAAUUCAAACUUCCUUAGCCAACUGGCUCGUAAACAGACACCUUCCAGACAGAACGACCCAGCUGAGUUUCUGCUGUCUAUGGCUCGCCUCAGAAUGUGUCUGGACUCUGCUGCCUGUAUCCUGUCCAGAAUUAUCGGCAAAAGAACCGACAAUUUUGAGGAAGCUGAGCUAAAGCUUUUGGAGCAGGUGAAGGCUGUGUGUGAAUACGGUAACAAUGACUGGUACAGAGUUUACUUGCUUCGAGCACUCAACAGGCAUGCUGGCAUGGACUGUCUGCAAGCACUGAUCAGCAGCACUGAUUAUGAAUGGAUCUUCCCUGCAAAGAUGCUACAGCUUCAUAGGUUGAUUCCUGCAGAGGUGGAUCGUUUCUUGUGUUGUGGUCAGUCAUACCGUACUCUUAGAGAUGGAGUGGGAGAAGCAGUGCAAGAAGGCACAACAAAUGGCCUCAAAGAAGCACUACGGGCAACAAGUGGUUCAGGCCCUUUGAAAAACGUCCUGCUGACUCUAGCUGUGUUCAGGCAGGUCACCUGUCGCUUCAUGUCACCUGAAAGAGCUAUAUAUCCUCAGGCACAGAUCAGACUCUUGGAGGACGUUAUUAGAGAAAACAUCACAGGACAUGCCAGAGAGCUCUGCACUGCUCUGUUAUCCAAUGAGAUUGGAGGUCCAGGAUCUUACCUGAGUCUCAGUGCAGGUGUACCUGCUAAGCGUCGUCCUGUACUGGAGCUCCUGGUGCAUGCGAGCGCAGUGUUUUACAGUGGGAACAGGCUGCUGAGUCCCCUCUUCAAUAUUGCCUCUCAACCUCAGAACAUGACAGGAGCCUUCCUACCCACAAUGCCUGAUGACCAUACCAGUGAGGCCCAGCAGUGGCUCACUGGAGAGGAAAACCUGAAGAUGUACUUGUGUUCUAACAAACAUGCAUGCUUUGUAGGAGAGUGUGGCAAACCAAUGAAAUUGUCAAAUUGUGCCACUUGUGGAGUCCGUAUAGGAGGCCAGAAUCAUAAACCAGUUGAAGGUUUUAUUGAAGCUCAUGGAAUCCCUGACAUGACACGACCUGGACAUAUACUGGGAAAUGCUGAAAACCGGUCUGAAGCCCCAAACAGGAAUCACACUUCAGCACAGUCCUGUCUCCUCCGUCUCUGUCUUCACCUGGCCAUGUUGCAAGGGGCCAUUCACCACCAACAGGGCAUCAGAGAUAUGAUCCAUCCAAAUGUUAAUGAUGUCUAUGAGUUCCUCUGGCAACAUCUUGAGAAGGACAUGGAGGUCCUUGGGAAGACUUUAAAUCUUAACUUGGAUGACUCUGCCAUUAUAAUUCAUCUAAUCUUCAGCAGGUUUCUACAGACCACCUCAGGUGCCGGUGUGGGUCUGUCAACACGCAAGUACAGAGAGCAGUGGGAGACCACAGUCUGUAAAACUGCCAUCAGUCCUGUUUUACAGGAUUUGGAAAGGACAUUGGGCAGAGCACAGGAUCUGAUUGCAGCUGAUAACCACCUUUCUAACAGUCCCCUGAUGAGGGUGCUGAGGGGAGACCCUCAAAAAAUCCUUCAUCUCCCCACUAACUGCCCCACCCACCACUCUGCCUUCUGGAGCCCCUCACCUGUCCUAACGGUGGAAAGCUUCUCACAGCAAAUAAACCAGAGUCAAGCACCCCUGCUCACCCUUUUUAUCAAUAAGGUGCACUGCAUAAGACAGUUGAUCCAUUUGCCGGCGCUUGCUGCUCUGUUGUCGGAUCUAAUAAAAGUGCUUCCUCCAGGCUCUGAGAACCAGACCCACACCAUCGCUUCACUGCUGCAAUGCAUUCCUGCUGGCCAUCAGAGGAAAUUAUUGUCGGAAAGAGUAGAGAUCUUCAUGAAGGUGUGGAACCAACUCAGAAUGGAAAUAUCCAAUAACGCUUCUUUGGGUUUGGAUCCUACACUUUGUGAAAAAGACAUAACUAAGGAAAGCUCUGGGCAGUUUCUCUCCCUGAGUCGUCACGGACCAGGAUCAUGUCUCCACGCAAUCGUAGAUCUCCUGUCUGAGACCCACAACAGUCUUGUGCGAGAAGCCAGAAAACUCUGUCACCAGGAAGACAGUGACUAUAAAGUGCCACUGGCAGCACUGUCCAAGAGCCAACUUGCCCUGUGUCACCCAGAGAAGGAGUUGCUCCCCCUGGUGUUAGCUAACUGCCAUUACAAACUAGAGAAGGGUCAGCAAACAGUGAGCUCCAAUGAUCAUAAGGCUAUUGAGAGAGAACUCAGCAGACGAUUUUUUGCAGGCAAACCACGUAUUCAAACAGACACUGAUAAAUAUCUAAGAAGACACCAUCAGAAUUUUAUAGAAGUCCUCAAUGAAGUCAGAGCCAAAAUGCCUCAGGAAGCACUCAAGGCCUCUGUGCUCAGCUCCAUGAGAUCAAUGCUACGUUCAUUCACUGAUGUGUGUGACGCAGUUUAUGCUGUGGAGAUUGGGCUUCGUUUCCUAGGUAAAACCGGUGGAGACCCACAAGUUCUGCUGCUGUCCUAUCUGACAGACUCCUUGAAAAUGGACCAACACAUCUCAAGCACCAUAGCUGGGGCUUUAAAAGAGAACCGGCUUAGUCAGUGCACAGCCACAUGGCAGCUCCUUACCUGCUGGAAGAGUGAACAGAUGAUGAGGAAAGGACAGGAUCCAUUCCAGCGACUGUCCAAAGACUUCAGAGAUAAACUGACUUCAGAGGAAAGAAUGCAGGUGAAGGUUUUCCUUGGGCUCACAGAUACUGACCUCUUCUCUUUGGAGCUACAUGAAAUCCUUCAGCUCAAGACCAACAGCACUGUUGAAGAGGGCUUCGCUCCGCACUGGGACAUCAGGUCCACCAUGGAAUCCCAUUUGGAGAUGAAGAACAUCACCUCUUUUCCAGGUCUAGACAGUCUUCCAGAGGAAAUUACUUUGGCUAAAGCUGCAGAAAUCUGGAGGCUUGCAGUGGAGUUCAAACACUGAAAAGUACUUCUGAAUAAGCCAAA